UCAAGAUUCAAGAUGUUUGUGGGUAAAUAAAAAAACGUCAGGUGGAUUGUUAUAUUUUUUUUAUUAUGCUUAAUUAAAAAUGAAUAGUCUUGGUUUAAGUUUAAUUCUAAAAAUGGGCUGCAUAUGCUCCAAGGAAACAAUUACAAUAAAUUCAAGAAAUUAUACAGUUCGUGAACAUCUUGGAGAAGGUGGAUUUAGCAUUGUCCUUCUAGUGGAAGAUACAAUAACUCAUAAGAAAUAUGCCAUUAAAAAGAUCAUCUGUCAUGGAUUAGAAGAUCAGAGAUUAGCAGCAAAAGAAAUAGAAUAUUAUAAUCUUGUAAAACAUCCAAACGUUAUAGAAUGUAUUGAUUCUACAUAUAAAGGGACAAUAGAUCCUAUUAUUAAUGCAACUAGUGAAGUAUUGAUUAUUUUACCAUAUUAUCAUAGAGGUACACUUGCAAAUGAAUUAGAGAGACGUGCUAAAAAUAAGAAUCACAUGGGUGCCCUAGAUAUUUUAAAUAUUUUUUUACAAAUAUGUGAAGGUGUAAAAGCAUUUCAUGAAGCUAAACCAGAACCUCUUGCUCAUAGAGAUUUAAAGACUGCAAAUAUACUUCUUGAUGAUGGAAGUACACCCAUUAUAAUGGAUUUAGGUUCUGUAGCACCAGCUAGAAUUAAAAUAUGUGGUUCACAAGCAGCACAAACUUUACAGGAUUUAGCAGCUGAAAGAUGUUCAAUGCCAUAUAGAGCACCAGAAUUAUUUAAUGUUGAAAGUUAUUGUAUGGUAGAUGAGCGGACAGAUAUUUGGUCUUUAGGAUGUAUUCUUUAUGCACUGUGUUACUUUAAAUCACCAUUUGAUACAGUGUAUGAAAGAGGAGACAGUGUUGCUUUAGCUGUAAUGAGUGCAAAUAUUAUUUUUCCAGAAGAUGCUCCAUAUACUGAGGAUAUACAAAAUUUGAUUUUAUUGAUGUUAAAAGUAAAUCCUAUGGAACGUCCUUAUAUAUAUAGUGUUAUAGAAAAGGUACAUGAUAUUAUCUCAAAGUUAGAAAACAAAGUAUGAUUAUAUAAAAAAGAA